CCACCUUUUCCCCGGCUUGCGGCUUUGUCCCGCCUGCCCCACCAACCCAGUUCCGCUUCCGGUUGCCGGGGCGCUGAGCUUCUGAAAGUGGUCUCUGCGGUGGUCGUGAUGGGGAAGUCAGAUUUUCUUACUCCGAAGGCCAUCGCCAACAGGAUCAAAUCCAAGGGGCUUCAGAAGCUACGCUGGUAUUGCCAGAUGUGCCAGAAGCAGUGUCGAGACGAGAAUGGCUUUAAGUGUCAUUGUAUGUCAGAAUCUCAUCAGAGACAACUAUUGUUGGCUUCAGAGAAUCCUCAGCAGUUUAUGGAUUAUUUUUCAGAGGAAUUCCGAAAUGACUUUCUCGAACUUCUCAGAAGACGCUUUGGCACGAAGAGAGUCCACAACAACAUCGUCUACAAUGAGUAUAUCAGCCACCGAGAGCACAUCCAUAUGAAUGCCACUCAGUGGGAAACCCUGACUGAUUUUACUAAGUGGCUGGGCAGAGAAGGCUUGUGCAAAGUGGAUGAGACACCAAAAGGCUGGUAUAUUCAGUACAUAGACCGAGAUCCAGAAACUAUCCGCCGACAACUGGAGCUAGAGAAAAAGAAGAAACAAGACCUUGAUGAUGAAGAAAAGACUGCCAAAUUCAUUGAAGAGCAAGUGAGAAGAGGUCUGGAAGGGAAGGAACAGGAGGUCCCUAUUUUCACGGAAUUAAGCAGAGAAAAUGAUGAAGAGAAAGUUACAUUUAAUUUGAAUAAAGGAGCAUGCACGUCAGCAGGAGCAACAUCUUCCAAAUCAAGUUCCUUGGGGCCGAGUGCACUGAAGACACUAGGGAGUGCAGCAGCAGUGAAACGAAAAGAAUCUUCCCAGAGCUCAGCUCAGGCCAAAGAAAAGAAGAAAAAGAAAUCUGCGCUUGAUGAAAUCAUGGAGAUUGAGGAGGAAAAGAAAAGAACUGCCCGAACAGACUACUGGCUACAGCCCGAAAUCAUUGUGAAAAUUAUAACCAAAAAACUUGGAGAGAAAUAUCAUAAGAAAAAGGGUAUUGUUAAGGAGGUAAUUGACAAGUAUACAGCUGUUGUAAAGAUGAUUGAUUCUGGAGACAAGCUGAAACUCGACCAGACUCAUUUAGAGACAGUAAUUCCAGCACCAGGAAAAAAAAUUCUGGUUUUAAAUGGAGGCUACAGAGGAAAUGAAGGGAUCCUAGAAUCCAUCAAUGAAAAGACUUUUUCAGCUACUAUUGUCAUUGAAACAGGACCUUUAAAAGGACGAAGAGUUGAAGGAAUUCAGUAUGAAGACAUUUCCAAACUUGCCUGAGUUUGAAAAUUUGUUAACAACACAUUAAAAUCCUAGAACAUCAAAUUGGUGUUUGCCAAGGCGUUAUGAGAACUCUACUGUGUUAGGGUGUUUCUUUUGUAUAAAGCAAAUGAAUUUAUUUAAAUGUUACUAUAUGAGGUGAGCAUUUCACCUAGUGGUUAAGUUGGGAGGCAGCAGGUAAUGGCUCCAGUAGUUGGGUCCUUGCCACCCGUGAGGGAGACCUAGGCUGUGGUCCUGGCUCCUGGCUUUGACCCAUCCAGGCCUAGUUGUUCGAGUCAUUCGGGGAGUGAACCAGCAAAUGGGAGCUCUCUGUCUCUCUGCCUCAUAAAUUAAUUAAUUAAAAAUAUAAAUAUUACUGUAUACUUGUUUAGCUAAACUUAAUGGAAAAAUCUAAUUAUGUCUCAUGUAGUAUCUGAAGUGUGAUUUUAUCCUUGUUAUUUUUGGUUCCUUUGUAAUAUUUCUUGAUGAUUUUUAAAUUCUCAUUGAAGAAUGUUAUUGUAAAGCAUUGUAUAUAAGACAAUUUAACAUAAUUGAAAUCUUUCAUGUAUUCUAAAUUUAUAUUUUUAGUAGUAAAGUUUAAUUAUUAAAAUUUUCAAACUAUAGAUAUAAAGCAGCUUUAUUGCCAUAUAAUUCACACACUAUACAAUUCACUAAUUUAAAGUAUACAAUUGAGUAAUUUUCAGCAUAUUUACAGAGUUGUGUGAUGAUUUCAGCUAAUUGUUGAGAAUAUUUUCAUUUCGCCACACAGAAACCUUUUACACAGUUAAUCCCUAUUCUAAACCCUAGACCCUACUAAUCUACUUUCUAUCUCUAUGGUUUACCUCUUCUGGACAUUUUAUAUAAAUGGAAUAAAACAACAUAUACCUUUUAUGACUGCCUUCUUAGCCUAAUGUUCUCACAUGUAUCAUUGUGUCAUAGAAGUACUUCAUUUCACUUUAUUGCCAAAUACUGUUCCAUUGUAUGGAUAUACCAUAUUUUGUUUAUCCAUUCAUCAGUUGGUAGAAUUCCACUUCUCAGCUAUUAUGAAUAAUGUUGCUAUGACAUUCACAUAGAAGAUUUUGUGUGGACAUACACUUCAAUUCAUAAAAACUGUUACACCAUGUUUAAUAUUUUGAGAAAUUCUUUUUUCCAAAGUAGUUGCAUCAUUUUACAAUCCCACCAGCAAUAUUGAAAUGUACGUUUUUUAAAUCAAUAAAGAGAGGAAACACAUUAUUUUGGGUUGCCAAAGACAUGAAACCCACCUCAUCCUUCUUUAUAUUUCCCUACCCUAUAAACCAUGGGAAUUUAUACUAGUUGAAUAUCCCUUAUCUGAAGUCUUUGGGACCAGAAGAAGUAUUUCAGAUUUCAGUUUUUAAAAUUCUAGAAUAUUUGCAUAGACUAUCACAUCAGCCUCCCUACUCUGAAAAUGGUGCUCAAAAAGUUUUAAAAUUUGGGAUAUUUGGGGUUUUGGAGCAUUGCAGGUUAGGGCUGCUCAGCCUGUGGUUCAUGUAACUGAAAAGGAGCAGACCCUAGCUGCUCUCUGCAUCUCUGCCGCCUCGGUGUUGGCUGCAUUUCCAGACGCUCUCAGAACAGCAAGCUGACUCCCCGCCUGUCCAGAUUUGCAUCUUACCCUAUAUUCAGAAGACUGUCUUCUAUAACACUUCAAACAAAAGGCCCCAAAUGGACUCUUUAAGGGAUCACACCUGGACAAGUCACUGAAGAAAAGGAUGGAAUCGGCUGAUUAGCCAGACCAGUCAUAUCCUUGGGCCACCGUCUCACUUGCACUAGGAGUGGGGGAGGAGUGGUUUCUUCUGUUGUCAAAAGAUGGGAGAAUAUAUGCUGGCAGCAGGAACAGAGGAAGCUUAUAAGAAAUAAAGUGGUUUUUGACCUGCACUGUGGCAUAAUGGGUAAAGCCACCCCCUGCUUUGCUGACAUCCCAUAUGGGUGCCGGUUCAAGUCCGGCUGAUCCACUUCUGAUCCAGCCUCCUGCUAAUGCACUUUGGAAAGCAGCAGGAGAUGGCCUGAGUGCUAGGGCCCUUGGACAGAAGCUCUUGGUUCCUGGCUGUGAUCUGGCCCAGCCCUGGCCAUUGUGGCCAUUUGGGGAGUGAACCAGCAGGUAGAAGAUUCUCUAUGUGUGUAUGUGUGUGUGUGUGUGUGUCCUCUAUAACUCUUUUUAUUAUUAUUAUUUUAUUGACAUGCAGAGUGGACAGGGAGAGAGAGAGA